CUUUCGUCACGCGAAUGGGAAUCUCUUUACGGUUCUUUUUACAGCUGUUUGUCACUUCAAAAGUGCUUUCGACUCGUGUCUAAAGUCUUUCAAACCAAUGCACUCGAUCUCGAACUAAGCUUGUUUGUCCACAACGUUUAGCAGUCCUUGGCCAGUGUUUCAUGCAUUUGACGAAAAUUGAAGAGCACUUGGUUUGCCAGGCACAAAGUCCAAGAAAUGCUGUUUCAAUCUUUAGGAAUUCGUACCACUUGUUCCAAUAAAGUGCAUUCCAGGAUCCACGGCCCACCCUCGUGCCGUGCACCAAAAAGCAAUCUUAGAAAAUUACCAGAUCUGGAUCAAAUCCCCCCUCGAGAGCUCGGUUAUCAUGACCACGAAUGCGUAUAGCGAGGACGAUUAUACCGCAAAAAAAAGGAAAUCAUGCACAUAUUCGACAGAGUUUGAACUUUCGGCAUGUUCCAGUUCCCUAAAUAAAUGCCCUUCUUUGGUGUCAACCAUUAACCGAGAAUAGGCCAUUGCUUGAGGUUGACGCAGUAAUUCGUUGUUUCUUGCUCUUAUUCGCCUGCUCCUCCUCCUUCUUCUUCUUCUUCUUCUCCUCCCCUUCUUCUAUCCAUUAUCAGCGUCAGUCAACAUGCGAGGCCUCGGGAGUAACGGGAAAUGGCUUAGGCUUGAACGGUUGAUGCGAUCCAGGCGCGUACGACCGGGCGUCUUUUUUGUUCCCAAAGAAACAAGUGCCUCGAGGCCCAAGACUGAUACUCGAGUUGUGUAAGGAGGCGAGUGGUUCCACAUAGAACACUCUAUCAGUCUAGGCUCGAAUCCGUAGGAAUCGGUGUGUGUCACUUGAGAUUAAUAAAGCGAAAAGUGGUGCUUGCUGAAAGCGAACAACGAAGAAGACAAAUUGUGGAUCGAGAAUCCUGGUCGGAGAAAUUAAUGAUCGUGGUGAGCAACUAAUUAAAGCCUUCUCGAACCAAGGGCUAUCAUAACUGUCUUUGUGGUUGCUCAUGCAGCACGUGCAACCUAUUCUCUAUAACACACAUUUUGUUGACCGAUGAAGGCACUCUCUUUCUUCUUCAUGGUCACUGAAGAACGAACUAACAAGCUCUUUGGACGGACUCUGGCUCAAAGUCUGGCCAAAACCCAGGGAUGGUCGUGGUGCACCUCCCGAAACAUCAAGUAAUUCCAUUACUUUUUCAACAUACUACCGUGUGGACCGUGGCUGUUGGCUACAAAAAUCUAUUGCGGUCUGCCUUGUUUUGUGUCGAUUGUCGAUAAAACCUAUUUCAGAUCAAGCAUCAGUGGGCCUUCUUUCUUUAAACUGAAAGCUUUUCUUUCUUCUGGGUGCGUCAUUUGUUUGCUCUGAAAGAAGUCGCUUCACUUUCGAAAACCUCCUCCUCGUGUGGAUGUGUGGGUGUGCUCAUACCAGCCACCAAUCCCCUUUACACAUACUAGUAGUGGUGGUACGCCAUAUGUAUGGCAUCAAUUCAGACGAUCACCAAAAACGAAAGUAGACUUGGGAACAUUUUUUUGUUUGACUUGACUUGCCUCCAAUCGUGGAGUUAUCUGGCUGGUAGUGGUAGUGAACUCUGAUGUGAACUUUGUCAUAUGGGGGUGCCUGACUGGUGCUUGCCAAGAGAUCUGCCAGGAGAGAACAACCAAAAGCGUCGAGGUGGAAUUGGACUAGGUCUUCGUGAAAGGCGGAGCAAAUCCGGGCCGAAUACAUCAUCCCCAUCAUUGCCGAAGGCGAGAAACUAUUCCGCUUUAUAGCGUACUACGUACUGGAUGGUGGUGUGGUGUUUUGUAUUAUAUAAGCCUGGGAAAAGAUGCCGACUUCUUCCUGACUCACUUGGGCGGAUUGAAUGUUUUUUUUCCACCACUUCCUCAAUCGUCACUUUCUCGUUACCCCACAUUGCAUUUCAUCAAAUAAGGAGAUAUAUCAACCGAGCGCUUUGAAUGGAUAAAUCAUCGUUGGGGAACUGGGUCAAUUGGAAGCUCACAAUUAUAUCACCAGAAUAACUCAAGGCAUUUAUUACAUGUCUGUUUGCAGCCAAGACACAAAUUCUGGAACUUGUUGCCCGACUUAGGGGGGUUGUGCCAGAAAAAACGGCUGACAAACAGACCCAUUUUGGUCGAUGGAAGCCAAGAGGCUAGGAGGAAUUGAGUACGCCUAAAGAGUCAUCAACCUACACCAUUGAACACGAAUAGGACCUACCACAAGUGGGAAAGGGUUGUUGCCAAAUCUGGGACAAAGGACAAGACGAGAGCAUGAGGAGGCCCAGGAGUGGCCAUUAAACGACCAGACAAAGAAGGAGUUGAGAACUUCAUUACCUUUGAUACACUUCAAAAGGCUUCAAAUAAUAGGCAAGGACAGUGCCCGAUCCAUUGUGGACCAAGCCGUGAUCAACAUCGUUCCAGUUGGACCAACCCGUUUGGGAGUAAACAGCCUUUACUUCCGACGACCCUAGUGGCGGUAGAGGUGCCCUCAGCUGCCUUCAUUCGUUCCUUCUCUCUGAGUAGAGUUUCAUCAUUCCAGCAAAUCCCGGGAAGAGACAAAAAGGAACUUUUUCCCGAGUCGACCCAAUCCGGAAAUGAAAAGGAGGGCAUUUUGGAGUGAAAUAAAUACCUCGAGAAGGACGACGCUGUCCUCUUCUUGUUCCUAACAUCUCCAGACUCCAUCUCGCUUUCUUGGUCGGCAAACACAAGAAGAUAAAGAAACCAUUUGGUCUUGUCGGAGCAGCUAAACCAUCAGCCGAGCUCACCGUCCGACUUGGUCCAACUCGUGUACAUUCCGCUUGCUUAUACCGCCAAGGACGACAGCAACGAAAACGACGACUUGGGAGAUUUUCACUACCAAAGUUAGACGCUAAAACUCCUGGUACUUUUCUACCUUCUAACCAACGAACGGACAGUGGCUACAGUGGCUACAGUGUCGACAGUGUCGACAGGUCGGAGCCUAGUGUAAGGGCAAAGACCAUUGUGUUCUCUCCAACGUCACCCGGUCUCAACAAGAUCGAAAAUCGACCUUAAACCCUAGCAGGAAACCUAUUUUCUUGGGCACCGGGCACCGGACGCCAAAGGUUUUCGUCCCCGGAACUUUGAGUGAACCAAAGAUGAUGAUAUUCAAGGUCACGGCCGUCCUCUCGGCUCCUCUGUACGUGUUUACCAUUCUUCUUGGAGCGGGAUUUCCCACCUGUUUGGGUGUGUAUGAGCAUAUUAAGCACGAUAUCGCAAGUGUGACCAAUGAGGACCAAGAGCGAUUUCCAUACUUUGAUAUGGACGGAAAUAAUCAGACCGUGUUCCUGGGACAAACGGCCCAUUUACAUUGCACCGUCCAGGAUAUUGGACAAAGACGGGUGUCUUGGAUCCGCAAGUCAGAUUUGCACGUUUUGACGAGCGGCGUGCUUACCUUCACUGGAGAUCAGAGGUUCAGUGCGCAUCAUCAAAGAGACUCGGACGUGUGGACACUCCAGAUCAAAUUCACCCAAAUGAGAGAUGCCGGAGAAUAUCAAUGCCAAGUCAACUCCGAACCCAAGAUCAGUUACUCGGUGUUUCUUCACGUGGAAGGCGAGUCCAGAGCCGAAUUGCAAACCAACUCGGGCGUCGUGCACAGCAGCUCAAUGUUCUGGAACCUGACUGCCACGUUGGUGUCCGUGGCCAUUUGGACGUUGAUCUUCCAUCACCCAGCGACUCAACGUGGUGCUUUUUCCUCGGCAGCAUCGCCAUGGCCAUCAUUAUUAUCAUCCCCAUCUUCAUCGCAUUCCGCACCAAAACCACUCCCAACAUCAUCAUUCUCGCCACUAUGGAGGAGUUGAAGCAAAAAAAACCUCGUGAUAGGUCAACGCCAAACCACCACACUCUUUGUGCAUUGUUCUUGGCCCGAACUUGGAACCAUCCGAUUGGAACCCAUUUCCAAGACUUGUAUUGUGCGAGUAUUACCUUGGCUGGGUAAAAGUGGGCUCUUCGGAGUGGGUGAAAAAGUGCAUUCCAAAUUUCGAGGCCACCAUAGAAAAGAAUCAUGCCACUUCAAAAAAGAGGCAGCAACCCACUUCAGAUCCAUCUUGAGACUCGACCUCAGCGGAACUCGGCAGGAGUGGAAAAAAGGCCGACUGGCUCGUUCCUUUUCGGGAAAUAUUGUUUUGCAUUAAACUCGAAACCAGCGAGAAGGAAAAGGAAACAUAGCUACCGUUUGACCCAGGUUCCUUUCGGCUCCUCGGCACAUAUGAGAACUUGGAGGUGGGAUCGCAAACGCCAAACCCGGAGGAAGUUACCACCAAACUUGAGACAGAGCGAGCGUCUUUAUUGCAAAGUGACGUGCGUCCUUGAAAAGCGAUUCAAUGCUUGACUGACAUGUCUGUCUUUGGGUUGAGAUAGGGGACAGAUAACAAACUCGAGUCACUAUCGUCUUCUCACUUUUCGUUCUCUGACCUGAGUGUGGUGGAUAGGAGCCAAUCCACCACCUUCAAGGCUCCACACCAUGUGUAGACAGACAAAUUUCAUGAAAAAUAUCCAUUUAUCUUUUCUCAUCCUGCCCGAUAAUGUGCACGAGUGAAAAAAAGGCUUUUUCACGAACACAACGAACCAACCAAGACCAGUGGACGAGUCUUUCGCUUACUCUCUUUCCGCUAUCUGCAAACUCAUUCGGAGAAUAAGGUCUCCUCCUGUUAGUGAAUGGUGGUGCCAUUGGUGGCCAAAAAGAAGGAAAAACGCUCUUUUCUAGUAGCCACAAAAAAAGUGGAAUGAGAGAACUUCAUGGAACAUGCAAUGAGGCCUCCUUUUAAGACUAAAGACUUGCAAUGGCCAAGCCUUUCGCCGAAUGUCUUUGCGUGUUUUCUCUGUCUCUCUCUCGUUGGACAACCCAGAUCCAUUUGGAAGAGAGAUCGCCUUUGUUUCUUGCGUCAGGAUGUUAUUGAAGCGAUCCCAUGGUUGGACCAAGGCAACGAAUAUUGACGAGGACACACUACGACAGAGAGAGUUACAGUCCCUGGCAGUACUCGUGUCUCGACCAAGUACAUGUGGAACACAGAGAGUUAGAGUGAGCGCCCAAAUGAAGGUGAUAAAACUUCAGAAAAGGCCUAAUUUGUCAAGCCCUGUUGACCUUUGCGAACGUUCUGCCCUCUUCCGUGAAAAACGAGAUGGGCACUGCUAGGUGGUCCUACGCAAAAAGUCGAUUUAACGGGUCAUUCAUUGCCUAAAUGAACUUUCAAGGCUUGGUGUCUUAGCCAAGUUCGCUUUGAAUGUCUGUGUGUCAAAUGUGUUGCCAACGACACCAAUCUGAAGUCAGUGCCAUUGUCGCCACAAGUGAGACAAACGUGAACACGAUCAUAGAUAACGUCGUUGCUGAACAAGCGAGCUAAUUACUCUUAAUUACACGUGAAGAAGGAAGACAUACGCCAACUUGAAACAACCGAUCAGUUUCGAUUACUGCACUCCAAGAACCCAUCCCGUGUUUGUUUUAUAACUUGUCAAGGCUCUCCCAAUCCUCGUAUUAUGAUCAAUAAUUACUCACUCUGUCUACUAUUAAUUGCCAUCAUUCCCGGCACUCUUUACGGAAUCACCCCACCUUAUCGAUCCUCGAACUCUGUGCCCUAGAAGUCAAAUCAUUAUUGAUAUUAAUAUAAAGUACGUGCAUAAUAUACGCUAUUGAUUACCGGA